AACGUGCAAGGUAACUGACGUGUCAUUGACCGUUUUGUGUGUGCAAAGAUGACCACUUCUAUCGCCGUGUGUGUGUUAAUCUUUGUGGGAACACCUGGAAUAUGUGAGACUUGAAGUCGUCUGAUUCGCUUACAACUUGCGUAUUUUAGCCACCGUCAAAGUUUUUACUCAUCUCUUGCAGGCUCUCAAUGUGUUGGUGAUUAUUACUACGCCAAACUUCAGCCUAAUAUUUCGGAUGACUCGGAAGGAUACACAUUCAAUUUUGCGUGUUCUACAAAUCUCCAAACCACGUAUCCUCGGUGGGAAAUCAAUAACCAAGACUAUGAUGUAACUGAUCUUCCCCGCGACUUUAUUGUCAGUGGACCGAAUGUUGAAUUCAAAGGUGCUAGAAGUUUGAAAGUUCGCUGUUAUAUAAACACAUUUAUAAAUGGAUCAGUUGAUCGUGUCUACAGCAAUAAUGCUACUAUUAUGCGGGCAGAUAUUCAAGGUUACACACUUCCUGAGAGACCCAAAGAAAAUGUAACAUUCUCAAACCAUAGAGAGGUGUCAAACAUGCACGUAGACGUUCAACAUUACGGUGGUGAUUGUGACAUAUCCAUUGCAUUUUCAAGAUGCAACAAUUCUGAUAUUACAGAAGAGCAAUAUGUAACCCUGUCUGGAGAAUCUAAUCAUAUAACAAUUGAGAUUGACACUGUAGAGAUGUUCUAUGAACAUGACAUCAUAGUUACAAUGAAUUACAGUUGUAGUGAUAACCCAAAAAUAUUCUAUAUUCCUAAUAUGAAUCAAACAGGGUACACGUUUAAUUUUACAGGGACUAUAAUUGAUGACCUCUCAAAUGAUUACUGUGACUUUGGUAGUCCACACAUUGACUACAAAAUAUGUAUACUCUCCCCGCAAGGUUCUAAUGAGUGCUUUGAAACUCCAUGUGGGAAUGGUAAAAUAUAUACAUCACUGUGCAGUGAAAACUAUCAGAAUGGCACAGUAGUAAGUCUUGAAGUCAGUGAAGCUGAGAAUGGAACAAUAAUCUCCAUAUUCUGCCAGAGCAAUGAUUGCAGGGGUAAACCCAGCAAUGUGAUGGUAUUCAACACUGAAGUGUUGAUGAGUGAAAAUUGUGAUGAGAAUUCUGAAUGUGUCAAGGGGCAAUGUGUAUGCAAGGACAAUACUGAAAAUGGAACAUCAAAAGGUGAGCAAGAACUUCCUAGUAACAUAACUCUUUCUUGAAAUUUAUAAUUAUCUUUCAGAUUCAACAGUAGCUGAAAUAGCAGGAGGAGUGGUUGGAGGUGUGGUGGGUACACUGUUACUUCUGGCCAUCAUCGUCAUUAUCAUCAUCAUAAUAUACCUAUCCCUUCGGAAAAAAAUAACG